AUGCAUAAUCAGGAGUUGCGCAACGAACUGUCAAGUUUAUCUUCUGAUCCAGGCGGAAAGCCUCAAGAAAGGUCUGGGAUUAAGCUCAGAUCUAACCUUUUUGCCGGGAAAGCUCCCAACCAAUGGGUCCUUGAUCGCACAGAGUCCGAGUGGGUUGAGAGCAUAUUCCCAGAUGCAGCUGUCUUUCGAGGGUUUGACGAGCUGCUAUGGGGCUACUUCAUCAUUGCAGUCUACAAAGAACCAAUGCCAGGCAAGUUAAGUAGCCUGGUAGUUGAUAAAAUGGGUGUAACGCAUUUCAAUUCUGUUGACAUAUCGCGCGAGUCCCGCUUUCAUCCCGCUAUAGAGAAUCUUACAGCCGAACAUCAGAAGUCUAACGUGCGGAAGUGCAUAGCAGCUUCAAUGCUACAGAAGUUUUCGAACCUAACACCUGAAAUGGUGGCCAAGAUAGAACCGAAUAUGAAAUAUGAUUACGACCCCACUGUUGCAGGAGACCUUGCCGACUCUUGUCAACUGGUAGGUUUUUGCUCACCCGCUGACGUAGGCAAAAGUUUGGGCCGUCUUGGCUUUCUUCAGGAUCGCUAUGUGGGGUCAGCCUUACUUGAUGUUGUGUACGAGAACAAACAGGAGACCAUUGAUUCAAAUAAUGAACUUGUCUUUCAUCUUGGAGAACAAUUGGAGCAACUCUUCAAUCCCUUAACGGAGUACUCUCCAGAACAGACGGAGUCGGUGUACAAACCGCCGGAAGAUGAUAGAGACAUUGAAGAAGAAGGCUCGCUAAUUGCUUCAAUAUGCAAUGAACUUCUACAAGUUCAAACAAACUUCACACUCGUCCUUGUCGAAUUUCUACAAAAGUUCCUGAUACCUUUACGGAUAAAAGCAUCAAACGAGGAGAUAGACGCAUUGUCUAUUCCAAAGCUAAACAGAUUGUUUCCUCCCACAAUUGAUGAAGUGAUCAGGAUCAACUGCAUUUUUUUAGAUGCGCUUAAAGCAGCUACACCCCAUGGCUCAAAAGAAGUUUUAAAUGCCUGUAGCGUGACUAUUCCCUACUUCUACAAGGCAUAUACAAGACACGAGGCAGCGACUAAAAACUUCUCUAAAGAUAUUAAGCUCUUUAUGGCAAAGUUCAGGUCCGUAAUACCAAGCUGUGAUGUUUACACAGAGCUGAGAAUCGAGACAAUAAUGAAGGGGCCACAAGAGAUUAUUUUAAAACUAAAACUCAUUCUGGAGAGGCUCUGGUCUACCAAAAAGUGGGGAAAUUACGAUCUGAAGCUAGCUGAGGCUCGCUACUCUAAAGUGAUUGAAAUCAUAGACUCUUUUGGAAACGUUGAACAGGUUUUAAGCUCCUAUAGCACCAGAGUUUUUACUCCAUCUGGGAAAAUUCUUUCCGAACUCGCGAAAGGCUGGCCCGUUGAGUUGCAAUACAAAUGGCUAAAACGAAGAGUUGUGGGAGUCUUCGAUGUGACAGACUCUAAUGAUGCUACCCAAAAGAAUAUUUUAGUGAUUUUUAGUGAUUUUAUUGUCAUUCUAAAAGUUUUAGACGAUGAAUCUUAUCAUGACAGCAAUGCAGGAAAAAAACCGCUGCUUUCAGAUAUAUUAAUGAAUUCCCUCAUAAACGAAGUUCCGCUGCCACCCAAAAUUCCGCAGCUUCAAGUGCUUUGUUAUUCAUACAUUGACAAUGUUUUUGCGAGUACGUUCGACGAUAAGUUUAUCAGAAUAGACUAUUUCGAUGAAGAGGGUGCCAAUUCCAUAGCUCUCCAGAUAAUUUCAUCUUCUGCCACCGCGUCUCAAGUUAGCGAUCUGGUUUUGAAGGCGAAGAUACUUGAGAAAGAUACCGCCUUCCAUUUAUUUCGCUACUCGAAUGAAGAGCUCCAAAUAUUUUCAACCGCGCACGAAAUGAGGGCAUAUUCAACUGAGAACAUACGAUCUAGGUUCGCUUUGUUCCUAAAUAUUGAGCCGUCAUUCUCUCCUAUAAAGCAAUACAACCUUGCCGCUGCUUUUUUCGCAUCUAUCUCUGAAAGAAAGGGUGUUAAAAUCAAUUUGGUUACAAUAGAGGGGGCCAAAGAGGAAUUCGACCUUGCUCUUGGUGAGCUGGCUGAGUUUUUGGUUCAAAAGUUGGCUGAACUAUAUCCAACGUACUAUUCGACUGCUUCAUCACCUCUUUUACCGCAAUUGCUUGCAAUUAACGAACAACUUGUGAGACGGAUAGGCCGCCACUUCCAUGAUAGCGAGCAUGUAGGUACCAGUUCCCAGGUAGCGCACUCACAUAUUGGUACUGAGGCUCAAGCAUCCGAAUUACACACAAAGUCUUUUGGUACCCUCACGACCUUUAGGAGUUACACAGACGACCUCAAAGACUCUGCUCCCAGGAGUAACGAUAGACAGGAAAUUUCAAACAGGUCAGGAAAACAGAGCAAGGCACACACACAGAGAGAGGGAGAGCAACCCGCCAACAAUGGUAAAGCGCACCGCGUUAACGACAAGAAAGCUAAAAGAAAUAGCAUCAUUUCAAUUUUCACUAACCUAUUCAGUAGGAGAAAAGGUAGCCAGUAUCGUACAGAGCAUUUAGAUAAGGUUAAUGAUAAAGGAGUUGGUGAAGACCUUUUGAAAGGAAAAUUCGGAGGGACUGAAAAAAGUGCAGUAACAAGACCCGCUUCUGCAAACAAAUCUCAAAGUCGGCCUCAGCAGAAAAGGUUGGCAUCUGUGAUUCAUAGGCCGUCUUUAUUGCAAGGUGCAGCGGACCCUAAACAUAAUACCGCCAAAUUUAAGGAGGAUAAGGAAACUGAGCGACGCGAAAGUAACAAAAAGGUUGUAGAUCAAGAGGUCAAAGUGGUACCUGAUAGCAUUGCAGGCGCCAGCUACGAUUCGGGCUCUCAUAUAAACUCGAAUCCUGGGGUCAUUGAGGUGCAAAAUCGUUCAAGUAGACUGGCUGCGCUAGAUUAUCAAGAAGGUAAGGGAGUUACUGUACAUGAUACAUCUGUCUUAGAAUCAGACCUCGCAUCAGAUAAAAGCGCGUGCUUUCGGGCCGAAAAUGGGACUUCGAUGUACGCACUUCAAGAGGCAGGCCGGGAAAGUAAAGUUUUCAACGCGGAUCUAUAUGGAGAUGUCUUGAUGCAGGAGAAAGGAUUUGAGAGCCCAGAUUUUUUGGGGCAUGAUCCAUCCAAAUCAAACAUCACCCAGCAGGCCGUGGGCGCUCAGCAGCAAGCAAAGGGCAUUGAUGUCGGCAAACUAGUGAAUGAGGACCAGAAUAGUACCACAACGCCCAAAAUCUUGAAGACUACCCAAGAUAAACAGAAGGCAGCAAACUGCAAUAUUGUGACCUCUGAAAACGAAGAACCCGACUUUUCACCAACCAAGAAAGAUAUAUUCCCUGAAAUUCAGAAACUGGCGAUCAAAAAUGUUCUCUUUGACAGGUCUCCAUCAUUCAGAGAACUUUUUGACAGUAUGCGAACUGUCCUAGACGAGAGUGAUGAAAGAUCUAACUGGAAGAUACUAUCUAGUGAUCCUUCUGUCAAAGAAGUUGCCUUCAGUGAAUCAAAGAAAACAAAUGAGACACAUGCGUUCAAGAGCCUUGUGCCAUCUAACAGGCCAGUCGCCGAUUUGAAAUUUUCCAGUUCCUCAGAAGCGCAGGAGGAAGUCUCCUCAGUUCAACAUGAUGACUUAGAAACCUCCGAACCUUUACGGCUCUUUGGCAAUAUCUCGGGCCUUUCUUCGAACAUUAAGGCCGACAUCGCAUACAGGCCCUCAGAAAUUGAAAGCACAGAUAAACACAAGGACGUCAGUGGCAGAUCCCCUUUCAAGGUUAUUAACCACUCUCCUCCUAAAAUUAUACCCCUGCAAUCAACCCCUUCUAUUUCUUCAAAGUCAGGCGAACGUUUCAAGACAAGCGAUGCAUUCUUAAGUGAUAUUUCUUACUCGUCACUUUCAGGAAAUGUUGAACCCAGACUUUUGGAAUUGAGCUUCAGUUCAAAAGAAGAAACUGACUCAAAGAACCGUCACGAGUCCUCGCUUCAAAAAAGAGGCGGAAAACCGCCUUUUAACGAACAGGUAUUCGAUUUAAACGUUCAGCAAUCAGCUAAUCUCUUUGAAAAAGGGAACACAACUAAAAUUGAAUUCCCAGACAGCAAUUUGAAGUCAACGCCAGCUAAUCCUAGUUCAGCUUUGAGCAGUAAGAAGACCGCAAUUCCAGAUAGUGGUCCUGAAACAAACAAUGUUAAGCAGACUUGUGAUGCUACUGCUGAAAAGAACGAUUUCCAUGAAGAUCAAAUGUCUCGUUGUGAUCUCCUUGAUGAUCCUGAAUUCAGCACCUUUCAUAUGACAUUCGAUGGUUUAGACGAAGUUCAAGACUCCUCUGAUGUUCCAAAUUUCUCUAAAGACAAUGAGCGAACUUCAACUCAAAAACAAAUCCAUUCACCCGAACCACUGUUUUAUCGUUUCCCAGCCACAGCCAAGUCUAACGACACUUUUUUUUCUUGUCAUGAUGAAAACAGCAAGUCGAACCCAUCUGGAAGACAAGCGGCUCAUCAUCUGACAGCUGAACAGGACGACCCCAUAUGGAUUUCUCCAAGCAAACUUGAAAUAUUUGAUACAAGCAUGCAUCCGGACGUUGGCUCUUCAAAGCCUCGGGUGCAACAAGAUUAUUAUAAAAACGAGAGCGAGCAUAAACAAAGCGAGUUCAGCCCGAAAAGCAGACGCGCGCCAGAAGAGCAGGCUUUGCUCUCUGACUCUUCCUAUGCAUAUUUGGGGCCCCUACUCGCAGAUGAUAAUAAAAGUGACGAAUCUAUUGAUAGCCAAAGCCCAGUCCGUCUCCAAUUCCAUUCUUGA